AUGGAUUCAAAUAAAACUGAAUAUGAACAACAACUUUUAUCAAAUCCGAAAAAAUUAGUUCAACAUCUUAGUGAUCAUAUAGAAGAAAUCGAAGAAACACUUAAUGAUGAUGAAAAUUUUUGUAAUCAAGAUAUUGAUUCAACAAUAACCUAUGUUGAAACUAUAGAAAAAAAAUUUAAUGAAAAAAUUCAAAUAUUGAAAGAUAAACUUGAACAUAUUCGUUUAGAAAAUAAAAAAACAUCAGAACAAAAUAAAAAACAAUUUCAAGAUAAAUGUACAGAAAUAAAUGAAUUAUUUACUUCUCAAAAUUAUGAGCAAGCUUGGAACGAAUUUAAAAAUUAUGAAAAAAAUUUUGAACAACGAUCAAAAGUAAUUCUACAUAUACCAAAAUUUCAUAUGAAAGAAUCAGAUAUUGAAGAAUUUUUUUCAUCUGAUUAUAAAAUUAAUAAACCUACAAUAUCAUCAACAACUAUUAUUCAAACACCAGUCACAAUAACAGAUAAUGAUCAACAAGAUUUCAAUAAUAUUAAUGAACCAACUAAAAAAGAACGAUUACGUCAACAAAAAAUUAUUGAAAAGGAUAUUGUCGGUAAAAAUGAUGAUGAUAUGGAAGAAUUUGAUAACAGCAAUAAAGUAGAUCAUGAUAGAUCUAAUUUUGGUAUUCGAUCAAAACGUCCAGGAACUCAACCAACAACAACAACAACAACAAAUAAUAAUACUAUGUACGAUUGA